AUGUGGAUCAACAGGCUGGGGCUUUUCGCCCUCGCAUCAUCAGCAGCGGUAACAACCGUCGACGCAUUCAGAGAUACAUCGCCCUUCUUCCUCUUCUCUACACACGAAACCGCCUUCCCCGUCCCCUCCCGCCUAUUCGAAGCCGCAAACACACUCUCCACCUCCCUCUCCACCUCCCCCGCUCUCAAAUCCUGCUCCGCAGCCACCUACAUCCUCAUCUCGCAACCGGGCGUGCACGCACGCGAUUACAGCUCCGGCGAUGCCACGCCGCGGCUACGGCGGCGGGUGCUGAAGCUGGAUGAGGAGGUGAAGGGGAGUUUUGCCGUUAGUGAAGUUGUGGGCCGGGUGGAUGUGGAUACGUUGCAGGGGGUAUUGGAGGAGGGGUGUGGGGUGGUGGUUGAGAGGGUUGAUGUGGGUCGCUGUAUAACAGGCGCAAAACUACAGACAUACACGAAAACACCGCUGGUUCUCAGGGUUGAUUUUGCCAGCGUAGCUGCGGACUCGAAUAGAUCUGAACAACUCGUCAAGAAUGAUGAGUUCCUUGAUGCCAUCAUCGACCGCCUCCCGUCGCGCGAUUACACUGUGCUAUACACCACGACGCCCAGAGAGUUUACCCCGGCGGGUAUCGAAACAGAGGAGCCGGCCAUAUACAACGAGAUCGACACAGAUAUCUACCAGAACCCGCUGCGGACCAAUAUGAAUCGGGACACCGCGGCGCAUUCGCAUGUGCGCCGUGAUGGCGAGGGUGAUGGUAAAGACGACGGUGACGAGCAAUGGAGGAAUCAACCGUUGUUUGAGAAGUAUCAGUUCCUUAGCCCGGGAAUAUUCAUGGGACUGAUGGGCGGCCUGUUAUUCGCCCUGGUUACCUACGUGGGGCUUUCGGCCCUGUUAAGCCUGAAGGUGUCCUAUGCUGCAUUUGAGAAGGAUAAUAGUCCUGCGGCAGCGAAGAAGCAGCAAUAG